CACAAUCCAAAACCCCCCUCUCUCUCCUAUGUCUGGGCAGCCCACCGACGCAUCCCCACCCCAUCCCACCGGCCGCCCCGUCGGCGGCACCGAGCACAGCUGGUGCAAGGCCGUCCCCAUCGGCACCGGCAUAACCGUCCUCGCCCUCCUCCUCUCCAAACCACCCGACCUCUCUCUCCUCCAAACCGCCCUCCGCAACCUCCAAACCACCCAUCCCCUCCUCCGCUCCCACCUCCACCUCAACCCCACCACCCACGCCUUCUCCUUCUCCCUUCCCCCCUCCCCUCCCCUCCUCCGCAUCCAACCCGUCGACCUUCCCUCCACCGCCCGCAUCCUCCACACCAUCAGCAACCCGAACAAUAAACUUUCCACCUUCCACCUCAUCCUCGAACACGAACUGAACCAAAACCCGUGGCAGGACGACGCCACGGGUUCCGCUGCAGAUGCUGUGAAUGUUGACGUGUUUUUCGUGAGGGUUUAUAGGUUGAGCGAGGGGGAGUGGGCCCUGAUGCUGAGGCUUCACACGGCGGCGUGCGACAGGACGGCGGCGGCGGCGGUGCUGAGGGAACUGAUGGGGAUGAUGGGGGGAGGGGUAGGGAGGGAGAUAGAGGGGGAAGGGGAGGUUAAUUUGGGGAUUGAGGAGUGUGUGCCGAGUGGGAAAGCGAACAAGCCGUUUUGGGCACGUGGGGUGGACAUGCUGGGGUACUCGUUGAACUCGUUUAGGUUUUCGAAUCUGGAUUUCGUGGACGCCGGUUCGCCCCGGUGUUCGCAGUUCGUGAGGCUGCGGAUGGGUGCGGAUGAGACGGGUCGGGUUCUUUCGGGUUGCAAGUCAAGAGGUAUUGGACUAUGCGGGGCAUUAGCAGCCGCCGGCUUUAUUGCAGCUCGUUCCUCUAAAAACCUUCCUGAUGAUCAAUGGGAGAAGUAUGCAGUUGUAACCCUCAUCGACUGCCGUCCGAUUCUUGACCCGGUGCUUAGUAGCCACGAUAUAGGGUUUUACCACUCUGCGAUCCUGAACACGCACGACAUAAAUGGGGAAGAAAAACUCUGGGAUCUGGCAAACAGAACUUACACGUCCUUCUCAAAUGCAAAGAACAACAACAAGCAUUUCUCAGACAUGGCAGACAUCAACUUCCUCAUGUGCAAGGCCAUUGACAACCCUGGCUUGACUCCUUCGUCGUCCUUGAGAACUUCCUUCAUCUCGGUGUUUGAGGACCCCGUGAUCGACCAUUCUAGCAAAACCCACACGGAGUUGGGAGUGAGGGAUUAUAUAGGGUGCGCUUCGGUGCAUGGAGUCGGGCCAUCCAUUGCUUUAUUCCACACUAUACGAGAUGGGGAAUUGGAUUGCGCUUGCGUUUAUCCCUCGCCGUUGCAUUCGAGGGAGCAGAUGGAAGAGUUGGCUGAGAAUAUGAAGAAGAUUCUUGUGGAUGCUAGUUCUUCUGUGGACAGUCAUGCAAGCUAAAUUUCUUCUCAUGAGUUUCUGGUGUUGAACAUGUUCUCUAAUGGGAACAUUCACAUUUCUAAGCGUUCAAUAAAAUUCUUUCUAUCUGUCUCUUGUUUAAGAA